UUUAGUUGAACGUUGAGUGGAAAUGUUGUAUAAAACGGUCUAGCGGAUAAAUUCAAACGUUUAACAUACGUUUUUUAUUGUUGUUGUUUUCCUUGUAUAUUAAAAAUAUAUAUCUCUUGUAUAUACACAACAGAAUCCAUGGAAAAUUGUAAAGGAAAAUUAUUAUUUACAAAGUUGAAUAUACAAAAAAAAAAGGAAAACAAAGUGUAUUAUAAAUUUAAACAAAAUGAAAACAAUAAAAAGUGUAUUUUAAUGAAAAAGUAAUAAUUUUAUCAAAUCCUGAGGAGUUAAGAAAUUUAAUUAAAAAAAGUGUGUGACUAAUCAAGUGCAAAAAUGUUACAAAAAUUAAACAAACCAAAAAUUAAUCGGCAUCGUUUGUAAAAGACCAAAAGGCAAAAACCGACAAAUAAGUAAAAAAAUACAUAUGACAAAAAAUAAAAACAACCCUCUUUGCAAUAUAAAACAAACAACAACAACAAUAAUAACUUAAAAGAAAUAACGCUAGCAAAGUAACUGGAUUUUUCUAAUGCUUUCAACUGGAAUAAUUUAUAGCAAAACAACAAAAAUACAAUUCUUUAACAAUUUUGUUAAAAAAUUAUAAAAAAUUUUUUUGUAUAAUUAGUUAAAAAUUUAUGUUAAUUUUACAACUUUAACUUCAAAACAACAACCAACCUACAGCUAAAGUUCUCUGUGUAUUUAUUUUCUUAUACUCACUUCACUGUCUGUCUUUAUUUCGAAAAGAAGAAGCAGCAGUAAACAACAACAAAAACGAGUAUUAAGAAAAACAAAAAAAAGUUGUAAAAAAGUUUUUGUUAUUCUUCUUCUGUCUUUUUACUGUGAGUGAUGUUUGUUGUUGUUUUUGACCUAAAAAAGUAAUAACAACAAAACGACGUAAAAGAACAAGCAGCACAAGAAAAAAAAACAACAAAAUAAAAACAAAAAAUAAAUGGUGUUGUUGUGCCCUUUGCCUAUACUGAGUAAAAAGUUUGAAAAAAAAAACAAAUGUUGUUUUUGUUUGUGUUAAAAAAAUGAGUGAGUGAGUAAAAAAAAAACAAAAUUAAAAAAAAGCAAAAAAUAGUAAAUAUACAACACAAGUAUGGUAAACAAAAAUACUGAAUUCCCUUUGCUGUUGUUGUUAUUGUCUUUAAAAACAACUUUGCUUUAAAAAAUAUACAAAAUUUUUAGAAGAAAAAAUACAAGAAAAAACUUAGAAACAGCUUAGCAUUAGCUUUUUUUGGCGGCUAUGGCAGGAAAUCUAGUAAAAUGGUGGAAACAUAAAAUACUCGGUGGUUAUAAACAAUUCUCGGUUCAAGAAUGUACCACCGAUUCCGAAGAAUUAAUGUAUCAUCAGGUGCGUGCCUCAUCCUCAUGCAGUGCACCACCCGAUCUUUUGCUUGUAAGUGAUCGUGAAAAUAAUAUACCAUUACGUUCUCCCGUUGUCAAUAUAAUAGCAGCAACUACCGCAGCCACAGCUCCAGCCACCACAACAACAUCACCUUCCUCUGGGAUAAAUGCGUGUCACCUAACAUCUGCCAGCAAUAACAAUCAAAGACAUCACCAACAAAAGUUGCAACAGCAACAUCAGCUGCAACAACAACAUCAUCAUCAUCAUGUUACAACACAACAGCUGUCAUUGGCAUAUAACGGUACAAAGGAUAUGGUUGUUGGUAAUAGUAGUAGUAAUAACGGAAAACAUCAAAAACAAACUAACAAACAUGGUCAACAACAACAACAGUUAUCACAAACAGAUUGCCAACAGCCACAACAACAGACGCUUCAACAUGAAAUGGAGGGACAACAGCUGGAAUCUCAAACCAAUAACCACUCCUCAACACGUCACGCACAUCAUACGCAGCAACAGCAGUCGCAUCAUCAACAGCCAUCACAGCAGCAGCGUUCAGAGGAUCAUAUACGUUUAGAGGAAUUUACUUGCGAUGUUUCGGUGGAGGGUGGCAAAUCAUCACAACCCCUGCAGUUUUCUUUUACCUUUUAUGAUUUGGAUGGUCAUCAUGGUAAAAUAACCAAAGAUGAUAUUGUGGGCAUUGUUUAUACGAUUUAUGAGUCCAUUGGCAAAUCAGUGGUAGUGCCUCAUAGUGGUAGUAAAACCAUAAAUGUGCGUCUCACUGUUUCGCCCGAGGGCAAAUCGAAAGCCAGCAAAAAUAAGAAAACUGUCUCCUCUGCCGCAGUGGUAUUAGAUUCAAAUCAAAAGUCUGCCUCUCAAGCAGCUCGUAGACUGCAUCGUUAUAGACCACGCAAGCUAAUCAAAUCUGAUGAGGAGGAUGAUGAUAGCAACAGUGACAAAGAACGUGACACAACUGCCAUUAACUCCUCAAAUCUAUCACAUGUUUUGGCUGCUAAAACCAGCUCCAAAGCACACAAACUACAUAAAUCUAAAGCAACUGAACAUCAUUGCUGCGCCACACCCAACAAUCCGGAUUUAACUAGUUCACCACUCGAAACUAUUUAUGAUAAUCUUAAGGCGGCGACCGCUGUCACCACACCCGAGGCCUGUAGAGAAUGUCUAGCGGCAGUGGAUGAAAGUCGCAGUGCUGCCAUUUCACCCAUCGCACAAUACCAUCCCGCUCAUGCCAAGAUCACCUCGUCGGCCACAAAUGAGGCUUAUAUGAAACAUGUGGCUUCGACAAGGAUAAAAAUGUUAAGGAAAUCUCGGAAACAAAAGCAUCAAGACUGCAUGGAAACUAGACAACGCAGUUUAUCGGUGGGUAAUGAAACCUGCUGGAAAAAUCGUCAUUUACAAAAACAACCACCCAGCAGCACACAACAACAAUUGCUUUGGCAUGCUGAACAGCAAUUGAAUAAUAGUGCUGGUGGUGCUGUUAAUGGCGCCACUGAUAUGGUGGAUGGUGUGCAAUUGCGUAAUCCUUUGAAGGCAGGAGGAGGAGGAGGAGGUAAAGUGUCAUCAUCGAGUGCUCAAAAACGUAAUUCCGCCGAAUGCUGGAAGACGGCUUUAAAUCGUAAUGAUCUUAUAAGUAUUAUAAGGGAGAGUAUGGAAAAGAAUCGUUUGUGUUUUCAGCUGAAUGGAAAACCCCAAGCAAAUGUGAGUCCCAUCCGACAUUCACAGCCAACGCAACAAACACCACAAACACUACAACAACAUCAUCAACAGCAUCUACACCACAACCAGCACAACAACAGCCACCACAACAAACAUUCACAAGCAACAACACCUACAAGUUCGCAGCGUCAACGCUCAAAUACAGUAUCGAAAAUUCCUACAUUAAUUGCCAAUCACAACAAUGCUCAUACAACACACUCACCGCAACACAAUCACUAUCCCAGCAGCAGCAACAACGGCCAACAACGCUCCAGCAGUUGUGUCAAUACCAUCAGCAACAGCAACAACAAUCAGCAUCAGCCACACGAUACAAGUCUGCCUACAGAAACACUCAACAUAAGUAGCAGCAACUCUAGCUAUCAUCAACAUCUUCAGCCACACAUUCCCAUCUAUCAUCAACAAAUGGCCAUUAAUCCGGCUGUUAUAGCGGCCCACAAUGCUCUACUGGGGGGUAAUGGUAGUGGUGCAGCGGCCGGACAUCAUGGUAAAAUGAAUCUCUGUGGUUAUGAUUCUUUCCUGCAUGCCACCAUUUGUGGUGGUGGUUUAAGUCAUUCGCCACCUGCUCAUUCUUCUCUGGCAGCUCAAAUCACCAGUCCCUCAAAUUUGGCCUCUGCCCUUAGCAGUGGCCAGCAAAUUGCCACUGUUCAACCUAUAAUGUCUACUAACUCUCCCAAUGCUUCGAAACACUUAAGUUUGGCAGUUACCGCUAACCAAAUUAAAACUAGUAAAAUUUUACGCAGCGGUUCGUAUGCCCAAAAUCAACAUCAUCAUCACCAGCAGCAGCAACAGCAACAAUUACAAACCCACUCACAAACCACCCAAAAUUCUCCUCAAUAUCAUGGCUACCAACGUUUGCCCUCAUCCUCCAAACACAAUUUAUCCGCUUUGCAUUUGGUAAGUCCCACUAUGGAGAAACCAGCUUUAGAACAAUUGGACAAAUGGCGUCGCGAUCAAGUUAAAAACUAUGAUCAAUUAUUAUAUGCCAAAUUGAGUGAAAAAUUACAACAAACUAAUUUAGUUGCGGCUAAUGGAGUUAAUAGUCGUGAAAGUAAUCCACGGCGUAAGCACCGAGUAUUAAGACAAAGACGUCCUAAUCAACUAAUAGCAGAAGCUAAUAAUGUCUCUUUGAGUUCCAAACUAAAAGCCAAUAAACUGUGUUUAAGAGAGGAAAAUGAUUAUACUACUAUACUGCCUUUGGAAGUGGAUGCUGUGGAAUGUGAAAAUCUAUUGGGUCAUAGCAGUGAGGAGGAUACACACUCCCAUAAUGAAUCUCCUGUACAUAAUAAGGAUAAGUUAUUGGAAGAUAAUAACCGCAAAAGACAUGUAGCUGAGGGAACUUUGGUGGAGUUAGAUGAUGUGGAUGAUGAAGAUGAGGAAGAGCAGCAGCAGGUAUUAACACAAUCUGCUAACCUGGGAAAUCGUCCCUUAAAUGCCGAUACUUUACUUAGAGUAGAGGAUGAGUUGCACCAUUUACAUUUGGAAGAUAAUUUAGAAAUAGAAGAAGAUUUAGAGGAGGAUCUAGACGAUGAUCUAGAAGAAGAUGCCGAUGAAGUGCCAGUGGAUGGUGCAGUUACCGAAAGUGGCCGUAAUAGUGCGGCCAGCAAUGAUAGCAAUCCGACUGGCGCCACUUUGGCCAAUACAAAUGGUGCUAAUACUAGCAACACUUCCUCUUCUUUAAUACAUCGUUAUGUUCAUGAGCAUAUACAUCAUCAUUAUCAUCAUUUCGAAGAGAAAGAAGAAUGAAAGAAGAUGGAAAGGGAAGUAAAAAGAAAUAUGAAUAAUGUACUCGAAAACUAAACUCAAUUUUUUAUACAAAGUUUAUUUCUUUAUUUUUUUUUUUAUAAGUAAAUAAUUUUUAAAUGUACAUUAAUUAUAUUUGUGUGUGUGUGUGGGGCUGCCAAAAA